UAGACUUUAAAAUCGAACGCUUUACGUAUGAGGGAACGUGAAGGAAGAAAACGCGAACAAAUGGCAGUAGAAAUUUAAAUCAAGUGGCCAUUAGAGGACGGGUGAUAUGCAGAUUCCUUCGUAGCCAUCUACCGCAGUCACUCCUGCAGUUGGGUGAGAUUGCCUACAUAGACAAAUAAACGCCACAACUCAGUGGCGACAUUGCGUUGUAGGCACCGUUAGCGUCUCGAACAAAAAGAGAAGCACGUCAUUUGAAAGGGUUUAAGAUAAGCGAGUGAAUGUUCUUUAUAUGCGCGGCCACUAAUUUACCGUAGUCCCGAUCUCCGUAAGGAAACCGCAAUGCGGGUCAGUUCGUUGUACUUGCGAACAGCCCUCGUAUGGGCUGAAACAGUUGUUUGUGGGAGAAAGCAAAUGAAGGUGGCAUUAAAAAAACAGACGAACCACCGAGGCAUGAGCCAAACGGUGACCUGAAAAUCACCGUAUCUGGUGCCCCCUCCCCUCUUUCGCUCCGGACUGGCGCUUUCAAGUCGUGGCCGACGCUUAGAAGAAGGGAAAUCACGCAUUGGGAGGGGGGGGGGGGGGGGGGUGUUAACAUGCCAGUCUUGAACUUUUGCCUUGAAAAGGUAACGGCUUCGAAAAAAUAAAGAAAGAAAGAAAGAAAGAAAGAACGAAAGAAACAGACAAGGCAACACGCAAAUUCGGAGCUUUGAGAUCAGCUUCACUCUGAAUGCACGGAUGGAAUGAAGGAAGGUAAGUGAAACACUUAACCGAACGAACUAUUAUCUGGUCGGCUGAUCUCGAGUGUGCGGUCAUACUUGUGCCCCUCGCAGGGCGAUGCCUUCAUCCGCGGGCCUGCGUAGAUUUUGCUUGUCCCGAUGUUGGAAGGGCGAUCUGCCCAAUUUCAGGAGCUGCGAUCAGAUUGACUCGCGGCCUUGCCGGAAUAUGACACGGUUAUGACAUCACGCAGCGCGCGGUGAUAACGUGGCUACUUGGUUGCGUUCGACGUUCGAGCAUAUAAUACGGAACUCGGAGCUAUUGGAGCACAGAGUCGAGAACUGCACCAGCCGAGACGCCACAUUCACUCAUCAUGAACGCCGUUGCUAUCCUCGCUACGUUUGCCCUCCUUGUGGCUGUUGCCAGCGCUGGCUUCGUCGGUGGCUGUGGCGGCCUAGGAUAUGGCGGACACGUCCUUGGAUAUGGCGGACACGUCCUUGGAUAUGGUGGUCAAGGCUUUGUCCACGGAGCGGGCUUCGGCGGACACGGUUAUGGCCUGGGGCAUCUUGGCUACGGCUAUGGCGGCUACGGCCUGGGACAUGCAGGCCAUGGAUUUGGCUACGGCUAUGGACACCACCUGGGAUACAAGCACUAGACAAAAUAAACAAGCGAAACGUCAAUCAUUUCUCUUUGGCUAUCACUUAUGGUGUAAAACACAACUGGAAAAUUGAAAUGCACCAAUACCCCACACACUCGAUGCACGAGAGAGGCGGAAUGCGAUCGCAGUUU